AUGGUCGACGAUAAUGUGCUGGCGGCGGCGGCCGAAGUGGUCGCCUCGCUUGCCGCCGAUUCAAAGGCCUCAUCGUCCCUAGCAAUCGGGCUGAGCUCCCGGAUCAAGUUGCCUGGUCGCGACACACCAGCGAAGCGGAAUCUUGAAGUCGAGCUCGAGCAACUGGCACUUCGCGUUGGCCAGCUCGAAAACAGGGCUUCGGCCUCGGCCUCGGCCGUCCUCCCCGAGACUCCAAAUGAAGUCAAUGACUCUCUAUUUGGCGAAGAAGGUAGCUCCCACAGAGCGCUGGGUCUCAGACCCAAAUUGUCCAACACCGAUCAAGGUAGCUCGGACAAACCGACUCUUGUGCCUCGCCGGCUGACGAAAGAAGCGCUGGAAGGACUGCGCGAACACGUGGACGACCAGUCCAAACUCCUGGACAGCCAGCGACGAGAACUCGCUGGCGUCAACGCCCAGCUUCUUGAACAGAAGCAAUUACAAGAACGUGCCCUCGAGGUACUCGAGCAGGAGCGCGUCGCGACGCUCGAGAGAGAACUUUGGAAGCAUCAAAAGGCCAAUGAGGCCUUUCAAAAGGCUCUCAGAGAAAUCGGCGAAAUUGUCACAGCCGUCGCUCGCGGUGACUUGACCAUGAAAGUCCGUAUGAACACGGUCGAAAUGGACCCUGAAAUCACCACCUUCAAGCGGACCAUCAACGCCAUGAUGGACCAGCUCCAGAUCUUUGCCAGCGAAGUGUCCCGUGUGGCUCGCGAGGUCGGUACCGAGGGUCUCCUCGGCGGACAGGCUCGCAUCGGUGGUGUUGAUGGAACAUGGAAAGAACUCACAGACAACGUGAACGUCAUGGCCCAGAACUUGACAGAUCAAGUGCGCGAGAUUGCUUCCGUCACGACCGCAGUCGCCCACGGUGACCUGACCAAGAAGAUUGAGCGACCAGCCCGGGGUGAAAUAUUGCAGCUCCAGCAGACCAUCAACACCAUGGUGGACCAGCUGCGAACAUUCGCCUCUGAAGUCACACGUGUCGCCAGAGACGUCGGAACCGAAGGUAUCCUAGGCGGACAGGCUGACGUUGGCGGGGUUCAGGGCAUGUGGAACGACCUGACGGUCAACGUCAAUGCCAUGGCCAAUAAUUUGACGACUCAAGUCCGCGACAUUAUCAAGGUCACGACAGCUGUCGCCAAGGGUGACCUCACCCAAAAGGUCCAGGCCGACUGCAGGGGCGAAAUUUUCGAGCUCAAGUCGACUAUCAACUCCAUGGUGGACCAGCUCCAACAAUUCGCUCGCGAAGUGACGAAGAUCGCCCGAGAGGUCGGAACCGAGGGUCGCCUCGGCGGCCAGGCCACCGUACAUGACGUCGAAGGCACGUGGAGAGACCUGACGGAAAACGUCAACGGCAUGGCCAUGAAUCUCACCACGCAAGUCCGCGAAAUCGCCAAGGUCACAACAGCCGUCGCCAAGGGCGACCUUACGAAGAAGAUUGGCGUAGAGGUGAAGGGAGAGAUUCUGGAGCUGAAAAACACUAUCAACCAGAUGGUUGACCGUUUAGGCACGUUCGCCGUCGAGGUGAGCAAGGUAGCCCGAGAAGUCGGCACAGACGGCACGCUCGGGGGGCAAGCUCAAGUCGCCAAUGUCGAAGGCAAAUGGAAGGACCUGACUGAAAAUGUCAACACGAUGGCGUCGAACCUGACCGUCCAAGUACGAAGCAUCUCCGCCGUCACUCAGGCGAUUGCAAACGGCGACAUGAGCCAGACGAUCGAUGUCGAGGCGAAUGGAGAAAUACAGGUGCUCAAAGAGACUAUCAACAACAUGGUUUCUCGCCUGUCGAGCUUCUGCUACGAGGUGCAACGCGUCGCCAAGGAUGUGGGCGUCGAUGGCAAGAUGGGCGCCCAGGCAGAUAUCGCCGGCUUGGACGGCCGCUGGAAAGAGAUUACGACGGACGUGAACACAAUGGCCAGCAAUUUGACGACGCAAGUGCGCGCCUUCUCAGAUAUCACGAACCUCGCUACCGACGGCGACUUCACUAAGCUCGUGGAUGUCGAAGCCUCUGGCGAAAUGGACGAGCUGAAACGAAAAAUCAACCAAAUGAUUUCCAAUCUUCGGGAUAGUAUCCAGAGAAAUACCCAAGCCAGAGAGGCUGCCGAGCUCGCCAACAAGACGAAAUCCGAGUUCCUUGCCAACAUGUCUCACGAGAUCCGCACACCGAUGAACGGUAUCAUUGGCAUGACGCAAUUGACGCUAGACACCGACCUGACGCAAUAUCAGCGGGAGAUGCUAAACAUUGUCAAUAACCUUGCGAACAGCCUUCUGACGAUUAUUGAUGACAUCUUGGAUCUUUCCAAGAUCGAGGCCAGGAGAAUGGUCAUUGAAGAAAUCCCGUAUACGUUACGAGGAACCGUCUUUAAUGCUCUCAAGACUCUUGCUGUCAAGGCGAACGAGAAGUUCCUGGAUCUGACCUAUAAGGUAGACAGUACCGUUCCCGAUCAUGUUAUCGGCGACUCGUUCCGCCUCAGGCAAAUCAUUCUCAACCUCGUUGGCAACGCUAUCAAGUUCACGGAGCACGGCGAGGUCAGCCUCACAAUCAAGGAGUGGGCUGAUCAAGACGACGUUGGAGCUGGCGAAUACGCCGUUGAGUUUGUCGUUGAGGAUACUGGUAUCGGAAUCGCGCAGGACAAGCUGAACCUCAUCUUCGACACAUUCCAGCAGGCAGAUGGGUCGAUGACGCGAAAGUUUGGCGGCACUGGCCUAGGUCUCUCCAUCUCGAAGCGCCUGGUGAACCUCAUGGGCGGCGACCUUUGGGUCAACAGCGAGGCUGGCAAGGGCAGCCAGUUCCACUUCACCUGCCGAGUCAAGCUCGCAUCGAACGACACGGAGUCAAUCAAGAAGCAACUCCACUCUUACCAAGGCCAUCAGGUCCUUUUUGUUGACAAGGCCCAAUCGAGCUCGGGUGCGGAAAUCCGAGCAAUGCUCGAGCAAAUCGGCCUGCAUCCGGUUGUUGUUGACUCGGAAAAGAGCUCAGCCCUUACACGCCUCAAGGCCGGCGGAGCACUGCCUUACGAUGCCAUUCUUGUCGACUCAAUCGAUACAGCCAGGAGACUCCGAGCUGUCGACGAUUUCAAGUACUUGCCAAUCGUCCUAUUGGCCCCGGUUGUUCACGUCAGCCUCAAGUCCUGUCUGGACUUAGGUAUUACUUCAUACAUGACGACGCCUUGCGAGCUUAUCGACCUCGGCAAUGGUAUGAUUCCCGCGCUAGAGAAUAGGGCGACACCAUCGCUUGCCGACAACACGAAGUCCUUCGAGAUUUUGCUGGCCGAAGAUAAUACGGUCAACCAAAGGCUUGCUGUCAAGAUUCUGGAGAAGUAUCAUCACGUCGUGACCGUUGUUGGGAACGGAUGGGAGGCGGUCGAGGCGGUCAAGGAGAAGAAAUUCGACGUUAUCCUCAUGGAUGUUCAAAUGCCGAUCAUGGGAGGUUUCGAGGCCACUGGCAAGAUUCGCGAGUACGAGCGAAGCAUGGGUACCCAUCGGACCCCGAUUAUCGCCCUCACAGCACAUGCCAUGAUGGGAGACAGGGAGAAGUGCAUUCAGGCUCAGAUGGAUGAAUAUCUGUCCAAGCCCCUGCAGCAGAAUCACCUCAUACAGACCAUCCUCAAAUGCGCCACACUGGGCGGCCCUCUCCUCGAGAAGAACCGCGAGCGGGAGCUGGCAAUCCAGGCUGACGCAAAGUCCUCGAGUCACAAGGAGACUGGGCAGGGCCUGCUUCGUCCUGCGCUUGAGAACCGGGCAAAUACGACCCGAGAGCCCAUGACUACCAACACCCCGGACAGCCGCGGCGUCGCCUCGGCAGACCAAGAAGACCCUUGGGCAAGAGCACGUCGCGAUCUCUCUGAUCUGCGGAGUAUCUCGAGCUAA